AUGAUGGAAGUACAAGAUGAAAUAAAUAUUCUUCUAACACAACUUUCGGGUGACAUUAUUUAUCAACUUGAGGAUUAUUCCGAACCUUUACCAAAGAAAGAAAAGAAUCCUCUAGGAAGAAGAAAUAACGUCGUCUUCUGUUACACAAGAGAAUCAUUGCUGUCGUUUAGAGAGAAACUGAAUUCAGAAAAUUUUGAUUCCAAUAGUUAUUUUCUUAUCGUUUCUAAACCGAGAGAUUUACUCGAAAUUCCUAAAGUAUUAUCUGUGCUAUAUACAAGUUCAUGGGCCACUGAAAUUCCAAAUCUUUUAAUGAUGAUUCAUAUCCCAGGUAAUCCUGACGUAAUUUUGUAUACAUAUUUUCCAUACCAAACAAAUGUGUGCAGAUACUUAAGACCUCACGUAAUAAAUAGUUACGAUCUUCAAACUCAUAAAUGGAAAAACCAUAAAUUCUAUGGAAGUAAAACUCAUAACAUGUCUGGCUGUCCCUUACGAAUUGCAACUUUCAACUUUGAACCGUUCAUGAUGGUCAAUAAAAAUGAUGAAGGAAAGUUAAUUGCCAGUGGCAUCGAAGGCGAUCUUUUAAAUUUUUUGUCUGAAACGAUAGACUUUACUCCAGAAAUAAUUUUGGCAGAUGAGAAAUGGGGAGAAAUUUAUGAUAAUGGAACAAGUUCUGGUGCAACGGAAAUGAUAGUCAACAAGGAAGCAGAUAUAGCAAUAGGAUAUUUUAUAUCUCAUCCUAAUAGAGAAAGCGUGAUGUUUUCGUCUCUUGUUUAUUACACAUCUAAUGCGAUUUGGGCUGUUCCACCUGGAGAAAUGUAUACGGCCUUAGAAAAACUCAUGAAGCCUUUCGACACUUCAUUGUGGAUUGGUUUUUUCAUCGUUCUAAUUUUGGCGUUUUUAAUUAUAGAAAUUAUAAAUUUUUGCCCUGAAAAAAUUCAAGAUUUUGUGUAUGGUGAAAAAAUAAGAAAUGUGAGAUUGAACGUUGUAAAUGUCAUGUUGGAAGUAUCUUUACCUAAAAUUCCAGCAAGAAACUUUGCAAGGACUGUUUUAAUUUUAUUUGUGGUUUAUUGUUUCCUCAUGAGCAAUUCUUAUAAAGGAAGUUUAUUCAACUUCAUGCAGAAAGAUUUGAGAAAUCCUCCUUUGGAUUCAACAGAAAAACUUUUGCAAAAUAAUUUCAAUUUUUAUGCGAUGUCAGCUUCUGAAACUUCUUUAAAUGCAACACAAAACAUUUUUAAGAGAACAUCAUUUGUAGAUGAUGAAAAGAUCAUUGAAGAAAUUUAUGAUAAUCUAACAGAUUCAUCAUUUAAAAAUGCUUUGCUGGUGCCAGAAGAAAGUUGGGCAUACAAAAAUAUUCAUUCAGAGUCAACAAUAAAUUAUAAUCGAGCAAAAGAUGUAAUGUUUCAGCAAAAUAUGGUAAUCUACAUGAACAAACUAUCAAUCUUCAAAGUAGAACUGGAUAAAAGAUUAAGGGAGUUAGUAUGUUAUGGAUUUAUUGAUAUGUGGGCAAAAAAAUACACGACUUCAGGAUUUUCUUAUACAGAUUCGACCCAAACAACUAAACAAUUAAACUUAGAACACUUAGAAGGAGCUUUCUUAUUGGUUGCUGUGGGUUGGUUUUUAUGCAUUUUCAUUUUUCUGUUUGAACUUUUCUAUUUUAAAUUGAAGAAACUUUUGAAGAAAAAUUAA